CCCACUGCCACUCUCCCUCUGUACACCUCCAAAUUCCUCUGUUUUUCCUUUUGCUUUUUUCGCUUUCUGAUGGGACGCAAUUCUUGUUGCUUGAAGUCUAAACUCCGCAAAGGCCUCUGGUCGCCCGAGGAAGAUGAAAAGCUCUUCAAUUACAUUGCCACUUUCGGCGUCGGCUGCUGGAGCUCUGUCCCUAAGCUCGCUGGGUUGGAAAGGUGUGGGAAGAGUUGUAGGCUGAGAUGGAUAAACUAUUUGAGGCCUGAUUUGAAGAGAGGGAUGUUUUCACAGCAAGAGGAGGAUCUCAUUAUCAGUCUCCAUGAAGUUUUAGGCAACAGGUGGGCUCAGAUUGCAGCUCAAUUACCAGGAAGAACAGACAAUGAGAUUAAGAACUUUUGGAAUUCAUGUCUGAAAAAGAAGCUGAUGAAGCAAGGAAUCGACCCGGCAACCCACAAGCCAUUGGAGGAGAAUAUGGAAGGCAUGCAAGAUCAGAAGCCAAGAAUGGGAGCAGCGCCUCAUCAUCUUCAUGGGAAUAUCUCCAACCUCACCAUUUCUUCAAAUGAUUCAAAUCAUCACUACAAACAAAUAGAAGACUCAUCGCACCACUUUGUAAACAAGAUUGAAUUCGACUCUCUCAGCUCAUACUUUGGUGCUCCAAUUCAACACCAGUCCAGCAUCAGAUCAUGUGACCAAAACUUUUUGUACUCAAGUUCAAGUUUUGGGAUGCCAAGUUAUUCGAGUUCUGAACAUGGGAACACGUCAAGAACAGAUUUUUCAGAGAAUUCAGCAUCUGGGUUGAGCUCAUUCUUCAUGAAUGAAGUGAAAGAGAGCUCAAGCAAUAGCUCGGUGGUGAGCAACUAUUCAGGGUUCCAUGGGAAGCUGAACAAUGGGGGAUAUUCAUGGGAAGCUGAGAACAAACUGGAGAGUUUGUUUCAGUUUCAGACAAAUGAAGUGAAAAACAUGGAAUUGAUGAAGGGAAGUUCUUCAAGGGAAGAAACAAAGAUGAUUCAAACUCAAAAUAACUCGUCAAAUUUUGGAAGCUAUCCCUUAAUGUCAAUGUCAGAAAACGCAGGAGGAGGGAGCUUUGGAGUGUUCCAUCAGAUAUGAAAUGUAAAUUCUUCCACCAGAGAUUGCAUUUCAGUAUUUUUUUUUUUUUUUUUUAAUUUUUGUUAACAGUGAGAUUGUUGAUAGUGAAAGAGGGUUUCCCAUAGAGAGGCUUGAAAUGAAAUGGCAUUUGAUGUGAUUGAAUGAGUGAAAAGAAAACUAAACCAUAUCGCUUAUGCUUCAUCUUGUUGUAAUAAGAAUGAAUGUAAGCGAUAAUGGGUUGUUUUCCAUUCCAUACAAACAGUAUGUGUUAGUUAGUUGUGGAAUGUUGAUGGGCAUGAAUUAGGAGUAUUGAGGCCCUCCAAAAAGGUGUAAUACUUGGUUUGUAUUGUAUGAUCCAUUAUUGGAGAGAGGGAGGAGAUUCUGCUGUA